GCAAGCGUAGUCAGGCAGGCCGGGUCAAUAACAAUUGGGCAGGUAGGUACAGGGGGUCAGGCAGAGAAUGGUCAGGGUCACAAGCCAGGGAUUAAACAGGAGAAGUCAGCAGAGGUCCGGAUCAGGCAGGGUCAGCAACAAAUCAGUCGAACAGGAACAGGAACAGGAAUGCUGGUAACAAGAUACAGGGGCCCAUGGAAAAAAACACACCAAGGCACAGACUGCAGGUCUGGCCAUCCCUUAAAUACACCUGCAAUCAGCCUCAGGUGUUUUGGCUGACUGCAGGGUUGAGUCUCUGAUUGCUGAGAGCACCCGCUGGCCAGCCCUGGUACUGCAGCCCACAAGGCAGGUGAGUCCCACCAUUAUUGGCAAGUCCAUUCCUGAUAGAGAGUGAGCAGUCUGUUGACUGGUGA